AUAUGGUCCAAAACCAAAAACUCUGUAGAGAAGCAGGCGAGGAGAGAAUCGUUAAUGCAGUACAAUAUUUGAUCACCUUCACGUCUGGAAGAUCGUAAACCUCAGAAAGGAAGACGUGUUUUGAAAAUGGAGGAGACGCGCGAACAGAUGAGACCGCUGCUCACAUCCGGUAACGAUGAGGAGGCGGUCUUGGACCGAGGGAAGGCCAACUCCACGCCCUACACCAACUUCGAGAAGGAGGACCUGGAGAGUCACAGGGCGCUCUAUGUCGGCGUUCACGUCCCAUCGGGUCGACAGAGCCGGCGGCGGCACCGUCACAGAGGACACAGGCACCACCGCAGAAGGCGGGAUCGUUCGGAGUGGGAAGACGAGCAAGAGUCGGCGUCACACGACACGCCCUCCCAAAGGGUGCAGUUCAUUCUCGGCAUGGAGGAUGACGAUGAGGAGCACGUUCCCCACGACCUUUUCACUGAAAUGGACGAGCUCGCCUUCAGGGACGGAGACACCCUGGAGUGGAAGGAGACCGCCAGGUGGUUGAAGUUUGAGGAGGAUGUGGAGGAUGGCGGCGAGCGCUGGAGUAAACCCUACGUGGCCACGCUGUCCCUGCACAGCCUGUUCGAGCUGCGCUCCUGCAUCAUGAACGGCACCGUGCUGCUCGACAUGUGCGCCAACACCACUGAGGAGAUCGCAGACAUGCUGAUCGACAGUCUGCUGGCGUCCAGUCAGAUGGACGAGGGCGUUCAGGACAAAGUGAGGGAGGCCAUCUUGAGACGUCAUCACCAUCAGAACGAGAAGAGGCUGAGUAACCGCAUCCCGCUCGUUCGCUCCUUCGCCGACAUCGGCAAGAAACAUUCUGACCCCCAUCUACUGGAACGCAAUGGUCUCCCCGCGUCUCCUCAGUCGGCUCCUGGGAACCUGGAUGGCAGAAAUGGGGGUGAAGGUCACGCCGGUGGAGGAAGUGGUGAAAACAGCGCGGUGGACUUCAGCAAGGUGAGACACGCUGCUGUCCCCUGCUGGUUGUGCAGGUCAUCACAGCCAUCUUUGUUUCAGGUGGACAUGAACUUCAUGAAGAAGAUUCCCCCCGGUGCAGAAGCCUCCAAUGUGCUGGUGGGAGAAGUGGACUUCCUGGAGCGCCCCGUCAUUGCCUUUGUGCGCCUCUCCCCCGCCGUGCUCCUCACCGGACUCACAGAGGUCCCUGUACCCACCCGGUUCCUCUUCCUUCUACUGGGUCCGUUUGGAAAAGGUCGGCAGUACCACGAGAUUGGACGCUCCAUGGCCACACUGAUGACGGACGAGAUUUUCCACGACGUUGCAUACAAGGCAAAGGACCGGAACGACCUGCUGUCAGGGAUUGACGAGUUCCUGGACCAGGUGACGGUGCUCCCGCCGGGUGAAUGGGACCCCAGCAUCCGCAUCGAGCCCCCAAAGAGCGUGCCGUCUCAGGAGAAGAGGAAGAUCCCGCCUAUGCCCAACGGCUCCGCCCACAGCUCUGACAUCGUCAAAGACGCAGGGCAUCAGACUGGACCAGAGCUGCAGAGGACCGGAAGGCUUUUUGGUGGUUUGGUGAAGGAUAUCCGGAGGAAAGCGCCCUUCCUACUGAGUGACAUCACAGACGCCGUCAGCCUGCAGUGUUUGGCGUCCGUCCUUUUCCUGUACUGCGCCUGCAUGUCGCCCGUCAUCACUUUCGGAGGCCUUCUCGGAGAAGCCACCAAAGGGAAUAUAAGCGCCAUCGAGUCUCUGUUUGGGGCUUCUCUGACAGGUGUGGCCUACUCUGUCUUUGCGGGUCAGCCUCUCACCAUCCUGGGCAGCACUGGGCCCGUUCUGGUCUUUGAGAAGAUCCUCUUCAAGUUUUGCAGCGACUACGGUCUGUCCUACCUGUCUCUACGGACCAGCAUCGGUCUGUGGACCGCCUUCCUCUGCCUGCUGCUGGUUGCCACCGACGCCAGCUCGCUGGUGUGCUACAUCACGCGCUUCACAGAGGAGGCCUUCGCCGCCCUCAUUUGCGCCAUCUUCAUCUACGAGGCCCUGGAGAAGUUGUUCCACCUGGGGGAGCUCUACCCGGUCAACACGGGCAACCACCUGGACAACCUGACCUUUUACACGUGUGGAUGUUCUCCACCUGCCAACACAUCAGCUAACCUGCGUGAGAUUUGGAGCAACCACGGCUACAACUCGUGCGAGAGUGUGCCAUGGGGGCAGCUGAGUGUGAAGGACUGUCAGACUUUGCGCGGCGAGUUUGUGGGCUUAGCUUGCAGCCGCGACGGUCCCUUCAUCCCUGACGUCCUCUUCUGGUCCGUCAUCCUUUUCUUCACCACCUUCCUCCUCUGCUCCUUCCUCAAACGCUUCAAGACCAGGAGAUACUUCCCAACCAAGGUACGUUCGACCGUUAGCGACUUCGCUGUCUUCCUGACAAUCAUGGUCAUGGUGCUGCUGGAUUAUCUGAUGGGAAUUCCUUCCCCCAAACUCAGUGUGCCAGACCGCUUUGAGGUAACCCUGAGGUCCAAACAGGAAGUCAGCAUUCUGUUGAAGUCUGUGAUAGGAAGAUGUAGGUGGUCACAUGAGUGCCGUGAUGCUUUUCAGCCCACCUCCAACACCCGCGGGUGGCUCAUUUCGCCGCUGGGCCCGAAUCCCUGGUGGACGCUGCUGGCCGCCGCUAUCCCCGCUCUGCUCUGCACCAUCCUCAUCUUCAUGGACCAGCAGAUCACCGCCGUCAUCGUCAACAGGAAGGAGAACAAGCUGAAGAAAGGAUGCGGCUACCAUCUCGACCUGCUGGUGGUGGCACUGAUGCUGGGUGUCUGCUCCGUCAUGGGCCUGCCGUGGUUUGUGGCGGCGACCGUGCUCUCCAUCUCGCACAUCAACAGCCUCAAGCAGGAGACGGCAUGCGCGGCCCCGGGCGAGCAGCCUAAAUUUUUGGGGAUCAGGGAGCAGCGUGUGACCGGGUUCAUGAUCUUUGUCCUGAUGGGCUGCUCCGUCUUCAUGACCUCGGCUCUUAAGUUCAUCCCCAUGCCUGUCCUCUACGGUGUCUUCCUCUACAUGGGCGUGUCCUCUCUCAAAGGCAUUCAGCUCUUUGACCGCAUCAAACUGUUCGCCAUGGCGCCCAAGCACCAGCCGGACCUCAUCUAUCUUCGCUACGUGCCUCUCUGGAAGGUGCACGCCUUCACGGCCGUGCAGCUGUCCUGCCUCAUUGUCCUGUGGCUUAUCAAAGCCUCCGCCGCCGCCGUCGUCUUCCCCAUGAUGGUCCUGGCGUUGGUGUUCAUUCGGAAGCUUCUGGACUUCUGCUUCAGGAAGCGAGAGCUGAGCUGGCUGGACGACCUCAUACCCGAGAGCAAGAAGAAGAAGGAUGACGACAAGAAGAAGAAGCGGGAGAAGGAGGAUUUCCAGCAGAUGUCAGAGCAGACGGCAGAAAUAUGUCCCUACGAGCCAGCCAUGGUUAUCGAGGUGGAAAGUCUGAAAGGACGUUUGGACCCAUCAGAAGUAAACAUCUCGUAUGAAAUGGACAAAAGUGGUGUGUGGAAGUCGCUUUCUGUGACGUCUGACGGUAGAAGAGCUCUGAAACGCAGCUACAGCCAGGAGAAUCUUGCCAGCGUUGUCGUGGGUGGCGGAGGAGAUGCGAGUGUCGUUGACACAGAGACGUCACUAUGAGCUGCCCAUGAGGUCAAAGUUCACCGUUACUUCACCGUUUUAUGGUGAAAAUAGACAAAAGUACUUUUUACAAAGUUGACCAGUUAAUAUUUACGUGUGUGAUAAGUCUAUUUUUGUGUAUGGUGGGAACACGCUUGCUGCCUUUGUAGUUGUAUGCAUACAUUUGUAAUCAAAUCAGUAAAUUACUUUAAAA